AUGCUCGGGAUCGUAUUUGACGUCCGUGGGAGCGAGCCUAGUCAACACGCAGGCGGAUCUGGACAAGCGCUAACUCGCACGCGACCGGGGCGGGGCGUGUGUAAUAAAAGCGUGGAGAUGCUUCUGGUGGGCAACUCGCCGAUCGAGGAUGCGACCCGCGUUGCUGGCAUUCUCUCGGAUGUCGCCCCAAAUGUGAAGAGUAUUGAUUCCUGGAACGAGAUCACGUUCAGGCUUUCCGACGAGGCGUAUCAGAUGCGGGCGAAGUGGAAGACUGUUCAGGAAUGGAUCGGCACAUUCGCUAGUAUCAGAGAGGAAGAACGUUCAUGGAAGUCCGUAGAUGAAUCUUCGCAGCCCGUCGUCUGA